GCAUUUUUUAUUGCCCUUCUACUGUUUUCCUUCCAUCUCCCCGGAUUCUGAAUCGUCAUUUACCGGUACUGAAAUCUUUGACCACUUCAUAAUCUCUGUGUAUGUAUAUAUACAUCUGGAAAAUUGCGGGUUGUUGUUCUAUCUUAGCCUUCUUUUGUUGCAAAUUGUAAUGUGAUUCGAUAUCUUCCAAUUGGACGACCUCGUUGGAUCUCUUGUCUCUCUGUUCUUGAUUACGCCAAUCGUAUAAUUUGUUAAAUAUGGCGUUUUUGUUGUUGUAAAUCAAUGAAUCUUCUGGGUUUACACUGCAAACUGCAAAUUUCGAUUUCCUGAGUAAUAACAAUGUGCAGGAAACAUGGGGAUUUUAUUCGGAAAGAGGAUUAGUGAUGGUGGUGGGUGUUUAACGAAAAUGUGGAGUUCAUCUUCUGAAGAUUUGGAAUCUUACUUCCCUGUUAGACAGGAAUAUCAAGCAGAAGUCCCUAAGACCCGCUUCAAAACAAGGGUUGGUAAAACUCUUAGUUCAAGAAGGUGGAAUGCUGCAUUUGAUAAAGAGGGCCGUCUGGAUAUAGCAGGCGUUCUUAGAAGGAUUCAGAGAGGGGGCAUUCAUCCAUCAAUCAAAGGAGCAGUCUGGGAAUUCUUGUUGGGAUGUUAUCAUCCCGAUAGCACAUUUGAGGAAAGAAAUGAACUAAGAACUCGGCGAAGGGAGCAGUAUGCUGCAUGGAAAGCUGAAUGUAAACAGAUGGAACCUACUAUAGGUAGUGGAAAGUUGCUUACAGAAGCUAUAGUAUCUGAUCCUAGUCAACCAUCAGAAGAAGCUUCAGCGAAUGGAAAUCCACAAGAUAAUAUUGGUGCCAUGCCAAGUGAUGAGAAUCGCGCCGACAAGAAAGUGUAUCACUGGAAGGUUGGACUAAAUCAAAUUGGUCUGGACGUUGUUCGUACAGAUCGCAUUCUGGUUUUUUAUGAAAAUCUAGAGAAUCAAGCAAGACUUUGGGACGUUCUUGCUGUAUAUUCUUGGGUUGAUGGAGAUAUUGGUUAUGUUCAAGGAAUGAGCGAUAUAUGUUCUCCAAUAGUUAUUCUUCUAGAAAACGAAGCAGAUGCCUUUUGGUGCUUUGAGCGGGCAAUGCGCAGACUGAGGGAAAAUUUUAGGUGCAGUGCAACUUCUAUGGGAGUCCAAUCUCAGCUGGGUACUCUCGCUCAAAUCAUUAAAGCAAUUGAUCCGAAGCUACACCAGCAUCUUGAGGAUCUAGAUGGUGGGGAGUAUUUAUUUGCAUUUCGAAUGCUGAUGGUACUGUUUAGGAGAGAGUUCUCAUUUGUUGAUUCACUUUAUCUAUGGGAGGUGAUGUGGGCCAUGGAAUACAACCCCAAUAUAUAUGUACAAUACGAGGAAUCUCGAGACUUAGUUUCCAAUGACAGUAACCAUGAUGGUCAAAAGAUCAAUAGUAAGCUGUUAAAGCAGUAUGGCAAAUUUGAGCGGAAAAAUGUGGAAACUGGAUGGACAGAGCAGAAAAGUGCUCUUGCUGUCUUUCUGGUAGCUAGUGUACUGGAGAACAAGAAUAAGCGACUUCUCAAAGAGGCCAAGGGUUUAGACGAUGUUGUUCAGAUAUUGGGAGAACUAACUGGAAACUUGGAUGCAAAAAAGGCUUUGAAGGAGGCGCUGAAAAUUCAUAGGAAGUAUUUGAAGGCCAAGAAAUCAUAG